GUAGGAUAUGCUAGGGGAACACAGUGCCUAUGCUAUGCCGUCAUGUGCUACGGAACAGGUGUUUACACAGGUGGAUCUUUUCUCUCUCCCCACGGGACUUCUCCGCUGUUCAAAAUACGAAAUAGUAGAUAGGGGAGUGAGUUGGACGCGUUGUUUACGCGUUUCUGCUUACGUGAUGACUCACUAGACUCAGAAGGGUUUCCUGUCCUUCCGUCCUUCCCUUCCGGAUCCCAUAAAAACGAACUCAACGAAAUACAUGCGACACAAGCACGAAGUAUAGGAUUCAGCGUACACCAACUUACAACCAGCAUUCGUAAUUCCACUCGACUCGGUAGCGCCCGCCAUGGACAUCACCGUCCUGAACCGGUACGUCAAAGAAAAACGCCUCAAACGUCACCCGCAUAAAACCCUCCCGCUCUUCAUCUGGAACUACACCGAGAUAACGCAAGCCAAAAAACUAUGGGACGAUAUAACCCUCGCAUGCCGCGGUCUCAUCACCGACACGAAUGGUACCAUCGUCGCCCGCUCUUUCCCUAAAUUCUUCAACGAACCCGAACGGCCAUAUGAAUCUACGCCGGAGUUUGCCGUGGAGAAGAAGGUCGAUGGGAGCUUAGUGGUUUUGUUUUGUUAUAAGGGGGAGUGGAUCAUGGCCUCCCGCGGCGCCUUCGACAGCCCGCAGGCGGGAUUGGCCUCGCAGCUUCUCAACGAACGGUAUCCGACGUUGGUCGACCACCUGGACGCGGACCUGGCGUACAGUUUCGAACUCGUGCACCCGGAAAACCGCAUCAUUGUCGACUAUGGCUCCGACCGGAAACUAGUCUUCCUCGCUGCCUUCCAUCGCGACGGCGUGGAGGUGGAUCGGACAUCACUCACGACGCUGAUGCGGCGAUCCGGUGUCGAACUUGUGCCAUCAAUCAAUAUCGACUCCUUCACCAUUAUAGCGGAUCUACGGGCCCACAACACACUCAACGAAGAAGGCUACGUCGUGCGUUUCACUACUGGCCUGCGAAUCAAGGUCAAAUUCGCGCGAUACCUCGAUCUCGACCGCAUCGCUCGCAAACUCACUCCACGACGGGUACUCGACCUCUACACCGCGGGUGUACCGACGUUCGAGGAUCUCUGCGAGAAGGAACGUAUCCCUGACGAGUUUAUGUCGUGGGUGCGCGCCAUCUGGGAGAAUAUAGACCGGAAGUAUGCCGCGGACAGGGUAAAGGUGGAAGCGGAAUACGAGGGCUUGGUGGGGACGACUAGGAUUCCGAAACCGGAGUUUCAGGAGUUGAUUAAGAAAUUGGAUUUCAGGAAACCGUUGAGUGCCAUGUAUGACGGGCAGGAUCCGCGGAAGGCGCUUUUGAAGAUGAUCAACCCGAAUAAGAUGGUACCGGGCGCAGAGGAGGCGUACAACGGAGGCUCAUGACGUAGGCGUAGGCGUAGGGGGCUAUAGGGUUAGGCACUUUUCUUUUGUUUUUGGAUGAAGUCAAGGACAUGUUCCUCACGGCUCAAAAGGUCGGGGCUGUUGUGGAGAAGGAGUAUAAGGGUGAAUCUUUGACGAUUACACUACAGGAUGGAUCGAUGGCCGGCCAAACGAGAAAGAAAUGAACGUGGGACUCAGUAAAGGAGCAAAGGACAAGAAGGGAGUGGAUAAUGACGAAAGGAAGCCGAGGACGCUGGAAGAGAUGAUGGUGGAAGCGACUGGACUUCGGGCUAAGUUCGAGCAAUUUGAGAAUGUGUGGAGUGCUUGAAUGAUAGAG